AUGUCUCAUCAGGAUCAAUUUAUCGCUGAUGACGUGACAUCGAAUCGUUCAAAUGUGACGGCAAAGAUGUUGGUGAAGGAGUAUAAACGAAUAGGUCAUGGUGCCUUUGGAACGGUGGUGCAAGCGUAUUUAACACCCGACAAUAAAGAGUGGUAUGGACCUUUUGCAAUUAAGAAGGUACCUGCGCAGACAGAGUAUAAGUCUCGUGAACUAGCGAUUCUGAGGAUUGCAGACCAUCCAAAUGUUGUCAAACUGGAGUAUUUUUUUACACAUGUAUCGCCGACGGAUGGGAAGUUGUAUCAGCAUUUGGCAAUGGAGUGUCUUCCAGAGACUUUGCAGCAUGAAAUUUUGAGGUAUACACAGAAUAAGUUGGAUCUACCGUUGAAGCAUGUGAAGCUUUAUACGUAUCAGAUUGCCCGUGGUAUGCUUUAUCUACAUGCUUUAGGGAUUUGCCAUAGAGAUAUUAAGCCUUCCAAUAUUCUUGUGGAUCCCAAGAAUGGUGUGCUGAAAAUAUGUGAUUUCGGCUCUGCUAAAAAAUUAGAACAAAACAAGCCCUCAAUUAGCUAUAUCUGUUCACGUUUCUAUCGUGCGCCUGAGCUAAUUGUUGGCUGUACGCAAUAUACAACACAGAUAGACAUUUGGGGCCUCGGAUGUGUCAUCGGGGAGAUGCUUAUAGGUAAGGCCGUUUUUCAAGGCCAGGAACCGUUAAUACAAUUACACGAGAUUGCCAAGCUGCUAGGACCUCCUGAUAAGAAGUUUAUCUUCUUUUCCAACCCUUCUUAUGGCGGUCCAUUGUUUUCCAAACCAUUGUUCAGCGGCACUCCGCAGCAACGAUUUGAAAAGUAUUUCGGACAUGCUGGCGCGGACGGCAUUGACCUUUUGAUGAAAGUUCUAUGCUAUAGUCCUGAACAUAGGCUAUCUCCGAGAAGGGUGCUUUGCCAUUCUUUUCUCGAAGACCUCAGACGUGAGCGUUACUUUUUCCCAGGUGGGAGCUCCCAACCAAAACAGUUGCCUGAUCUCUUUGAUUUCUCCGAUUUCGAGCUGGAAGUAAUCGGCGACCUGUUGUCAGAAAUAGUUGGACAGUAA